AUGGUUGUUACAAUGCACUUUCAGAACCCAAGACUUGUUCAAUACUUCGUUCGGAACUUUUCUCUGUGGUCAAUGAAGAAGGAUCCAUAUCUUGAAUCAGCGCUGUCUAAGAAUCGCCGAUGGAUAGUGAAUAAUCAAAUAAAAAACAUCAUCCUGAGGUGCCCUGAUCAAGUAGCAACAGUGAGAUUCAUUCAGAAGAAGUUCAAGACCCUUGAUCUCCAAGGAAAGGCUCUCAAUUGGCUCAAAAAGUACCCAUGCUGCUUUCAAGUCUAUUUGCAGGGUGAUGAGUACUACUGCCAGCUAACAAAACGAAUGAUGGGUUUGGUGGAAGAGGAAGAAUCUGUUAAAGACAUGCAGGAACCUGUGUUUGUUGAGAGAUUAGCAAAGUUACUUAUGAUGAGCUCCAAUAAAAGACUAAAUGUUGUCAAGCUUAAUGAACUAAAGCGGAACUUAGGUUUUCCAGAUGACUAUUUGAUUAGACUUGUGCCAAAGUAUUCUGAUAUGUUUCAGAUUGUUAAUUAUAGUGGGCGGCGGAGUUCCAUGGAGAUUGAGCUGGUGUCUUGGAAUCCAGAUUUAGCGGUUUCUGCUAUUGAAGCUUCAGCUCACAAUCAAGGAACUGAGCCAUGUUUCACAUGCUCAUUGCCUUCAACUUGGGUCAAGUCAUGGGAAAGAUUUCAUGAAUUUAAUGCGACUCCUUAUAUUUCACCCUACUUGGACUCCAAAGGCUUAGUGGAGGGAUCAAAGGAGAUGGAGAAGAGGAUGGUGGGUUUGGUGCAUGAGUUGUUGUCAUUGACUCUAUGGAAGAAAGCAUCAAUUGCAAAGCUGGGACAUUUUCAGAGAGAAUUUGUUUUGCCAGAGAAAUUGAACGUUUUGCUGCUCAAGCACCCUGGCAUAUUCUAUGUCUCAAAUAAGUAUCAGAUCUAUACUGUCCUUCUUAGAGAAGGUUAUAAUGAGCAAGGACUGGUAGAUAAGGAUCCACUUGUUGUUGUGAAGGAGAAAUUUGGAGAACUUAUGCAGGAGGGGCUUCAUGAAUAUAACCGCAGGCGCCAUUUGGUAAAUCUAGAAAAGAAGAAAAAGAAAGGCAUGGUUUUGGGUAGACCAAAUGAAGGCAAGGACAGGAGCUCUGAGAUGUCUGACCCUGAUGAUCAGGGAGAUAGAGGAGGAUUGUUUGACCCAGAAGAAAGAAAGCGAUUCUAUAAGAUUUUACCCAACUGUGUUUUCAACAAGAAGGAUCCAAUUGUGUUGGGAGUUGAUGUUCUGGAAGGCAUUGCGAAGGUUGGGACUCCAAUUUGUAUUCCACAAAGGGAUUUUAUUACUAUUGGGCGAAUUGCAUCCAUUGAAAAUAACCACAAACCUGUUGAUAUAGCGAAGAAGGGGCUGAGGGUAGCCAUUAAGAUAGUUGGGGCAAACUCUGAUGAACAGCAAAGGAUGUUUGGUAGGCAUUUUGAAAUUGAAGAUGAACGUGUCAGUCAUAUCUCAAGGAGGUCGAUUGAUAUACUAAAAGCGAAUUGCCGGGAUGAGCUAUCAAUUGACGAAUGGAACCUGGUUGUGAAAUUGACUUUUCGAGAUACCAUGAGUGAAGCUGAUGCGAUACUUGAGCAGCACUCAAGUUCAAAUGCCAUAUGUGGAGAGUGGAGAGGGAGCAAAAGUAGUUCCAGCUCGCUUUUCCACGAGGUGCACGUGAGCUCGCUUUCGAAGAGUAAUAUUGAAAUUUUCAUGGCAAACCAGCUUAGUUGUAUCUUCUUCAAAACCCUACUGGGCUGGCAGGUAAAACUUGGGAAAGAGCUGAAAAUCGACAGCGAAGAAGCUAGCGAAAUGUCCAGAAAAGCAUCUUAUCCCUUGUUUUGCUGA